CAGCGUUUGUGACAAAAGAAUUGCAUCGUUCCUUGGCGGCCUUUCAACAGAAGAAUAUUCAGAGAUUUCACGAGUGACAACAUCAGGUGAAGAUGUGCGUGAUUUCAGCAAGGUGCUGAAAAAUAAGUUCAGAUCAAAGAAAUACUUUGCCAAACAUCCUCGCUUGGGUUAUUUACCAGUACAAACAGUUCUAGAAGGCGAGAACCUUGAGACUGGAUCUGUUGGAGUUGCACACAGCGCAACGCGUCUUUGAUCAACACAAAUUGACACAAACCGAGCAACUUCUGAAUGUGACUGAAGUAAUCAACUGUUUAACGUCCAUUUAUGAUGUUUUGGAACAAAACCACAAGGACUUGGUCAAUGUGCCACUCUGUGUCGACAUGUGUCUGAACUGGCUGCUGAACGUAUUUGAUACGGCCAGAACAAACCAGAGAUUGAUGUUGAACGCUUUGUCGAGUGGAUGAGAUUGGAGCCUCAGUCCAUGGUGUGGCUGCCUGUUCGACACCGUGUGGCAGCUGCUGAAACUGCAAAACAUCAGGCUAAGUGUAACAUCUGCAAAGAGUACCCAAUCGUAGGUUUCAGGUACCGCAGUCUCAAGCACUUCAAUUCUGACAUCUGCCAAAGCUGUUUCUUUUCGGGGCGCACAUCAAAGGGACACAAGUUACAUUGCCCCAUGGUGGAGUACUGCACUCCGAACCUACCCCGGAAGAGAGAGCCCAGAGAAUUGCCAAAGCUGUCCGCAAACAGUCAAUAGAAGUGAAGGAAACUUGGGAGCAAUUGAAAACCCAUGCGAGCAACUGGCAGAAACAGGUGGAAAAGGUGUUGGAGAAACUUCAAGAACUGCAGAAAGCUCUGGAUGAUCUUGAGGCUCAUGUGAUAACAGCUGAAGGGGUCCGCACUGAUUGACAACCUGUGGGUGAACUGCUUAUUGACUCAUU